AUGAUGAAUUCGUCAACGGAGCUACGUUCCACCCUUUUUAUUUUUGGAGGAGUUAGGAUGCGACCAGAUCUUUUAAAUGGAUGUCCUCCAAACUCUGGUCGUAUAGCUCAACCCAGUAGAUGGAUGAAUACAGAAGCCUUUGUCCUAUGCCUUAAACAUUUUGUGAAAUUUGUUCACCCAAACAAAGAGAUACCCGUAUUGUUGAUCGUUGACAAUCACUCGUCUCACACUUCACUGGAAGCUAUCAAUUAUUGUAGGGAUAAUGGAGUACCCACUGCCUACAACCUUGGUCAGUUGUUCGGGCAAGCUUAUCUAAGGGCUGCAACUGUGGGAACAGACAUAAAAAGUUUUCCCGCUUGCAGCAUUGAGUCUUGUUAUGCUGAAAUCUUUGGAGAUGCCGAUUUUGCCCCUUCUAUGGUGAGUGAGAGGCACCUAACUGCGGAAGACGAGUUCUUAAGCAGUGACGAUGAACCACUAGCAGUUCCUGGGUCUUCAGGCUCAAACAGAAUUGAUCUAGCCAAAACGAAAAACAAUGAAAUACAAGAUGGUAAACCACCAGCGGUUUUCGCCAGAAAAGCUUGUUAA